AUGAAGGUGAAAGUCAUAUUGCGUUCCAUGGAGGAGAUCAUGCAAGAGCACUGACAUGAUCUUCAUGUAAAAUCCUACCACAUUUUCUUGACCAGGGGAUGUCAUUGGAAAGUUGGGAGGGCUGAUAGUUCUUGAAUUUGAAAGGGGGGGCAAACAGAACUAAUCGUCAACAGAAGGCCCACAGUUUGUGGAUUAUCAAUCAUAGUGGAAUGAGUAUACCCACAUUUGGAAGUUUAUGGGAAUGUAAUUUGAAUUCGAAAUGAAGUGCAGAAAAAUUGCACAAAUGAUUCUCAACAAGUUUUGGAUAAUUGUAUAUUUUUUAGGAUAAUUUUUAUUUUAUUUUCUUUUAGUUUAUUCUACAAUGGUUUCAUCUGAAACUAAAGUAAUUAUUUUGAAUAGAGAGUAUUUAGGAACUAUGAUCUAGCUUUAAGGCCUCAGGAGAAAGUAGUAGAAUAUGCUUGAGCCAUUAAUGCUGCAAAGUUGGAGAAUGUUCUUCUCUUUCUAUUCUUAUUGAUCUAUUAUGCUUUCAUAAUCAUUUUCUUUAAAAUGAUUUUUUACAAACCCUAAACAUCCAAACAACACUAUUUUAGAUUUUUUACAAGACCUUUUGUUGGCACAAUAGAUGGACAUGUUGAUGGAGUAUUAUGUAUGGCAAAGAACUUAAUAAGUUUUCAUUAUCAUGAGUUAAUAACUUAUUAAUAAUAUAAUUUAAGCUUUAACUCAUGAUAAAUAAACUUAUAUUUAUGUUAAAUUGAGAAAUAUAGUUUUUAGUUAGUUAAUAUGAAUUUUUGACUAAUUAUGUGAUUUUAUGUGAAUUUAUAUAAUUUUUAUAAUUAUAUUUUUGAAAUAAAAUGAAGAGAAAUAAAAUAAAAUAAAUAUACAUAUAAAAAGGGGGAUCUGCUAAGCUUCAAGUAGGUCAGAAGCACAAUUAGGCAGAGCCACGAGUAGGGGCUCAAGCAACUUUGGAACAAUCGAUAUGACACAUGUGCAUCAUUCCCCUUCCACAUCAUCAAUGAUUAGUUAAUCAUGAGACAAGGAGUAGUACACAUGUGAGAGGAUUAUAUUGACCAUAGGAAAAAGCAUUACUAUAUCUACAUUUCAAAAUUUAAAAAAUAAUCAAUACGAAACUAAACACACAUCACUACUCAUUGUGAGGUUUUUAAUGAUUUUAAUAUCUAAAAUACCCCUAGCUUAUAAAAAGUAGAUACCCUUAUGACAUCUCUUGAUAAGAGUAUUCAUUUACUUAUUUAACUCUCUUCUAUAGGCAGGCGACCAAUGAAAGUUCGAAUACUAUUAUAGUCAAAAUUUCUAUUUUUAUCUAAUUAAAUUAUGAUUUUAUUAUAGAACAUUAGUUAAUGAUUAAGCUAUCAUAAUCACUCAAUCAUCAAUAAAAAUGUCAUCAAGAAAAUCAUCUUUGAUUAAUUGACAAAUUAUUUGUCAUCAAAAAGAGAACAAUCUAUUAAAAGAUGAGUCACCACCUCUUACCAGAUGUGAUGAAGAGUUUCCUAUUAGUAUGUGGACUUGAAGAUGAAGCUCCCUAAGAUGUUCUCCACCUCCAUCCUAUUUAUCUCUAUCAAAUCACAAUUGUUGAAGUUCUAAAAAUAUCAUUUUUCAACUAUGUUGGGUAAAAACAAUUAGAGAUAAUUUGACAACUCAUUUUAUUGAUUUUUAGACUUUGUAAGAAGACCUAAAAUUUACUCACGUCGUCCAUAUUUAAAGAGAGUUUUGAAGUUGUGGACAUCGCAUGACAAUUCUCUUUAACACACAAAAUUUCAACGAUUACUACCGCAAAGUUGAAACUCUAUCAUUUCUAAUUUAAACUUAAUUUUGUGAGUUUUUAUGUGAUUUUAAGUUUCUAAACUCUUCUUCAUUAAAAUAUGAUUCUUCUAGCUUUUACUGAUCUUAAUUUGAUUAAUUAAAUCUAUAAUAGCUUACAAAAAAGUUGUUGAAUAAAAUUUUAUUUCUACCUAAAUUACAUUCAUUAAGUCACUAAUGUCAUCUUGACAUCCUCACACAAAUUUUCUCUUUUCAUAAAUUUUAAGAUAUAAUUUAUCUUCAUUUUUUACUUUAAAAAUUAUAAAAACUUAUAUUCUUUGAGAAAAAAAUUUAAAUAUUACUAAGUAUUAUCUUACAUCUUUGUGAUUGAUUUGAAAAUUUCUUCCUAUUUUUGAAACCUUUUAUCAAAUUAUAAUUUAUUUAUUUAUUCUAAAAUAUUCUUAAAAAUCUAAAAAUUAAUAUUUUCCAGUUUAUAAAUUUAAAAUUUACGUGAUUUAUCAUAUACUGAUUAGGUCACGUCAGAACCCUAAUCACCUAAAAGACAUAUUUUCAGCCUCAAUAGAUGGAGGUGAAUAUGAAGUGUGGAAUCAUGUGAUUAUAAUGCUCUUUAUUUAGUAGGAUCUUUUUAGUUUGUAUGGGGGUUCUUCAAUUUUAGACUUCCUUUUUUUUUAGCUUUACAUCCCCAUGUUUUGUGUCUCCUUUUUUAUUUAGAAACAAGUUACUAUGGUUAGUGCUUAUUCAAUGAAAACACACAUGUUAAACCCUUUAUUAUGUUGGCUUGUCUAUCUAUAAUAUAUUCAUGACCUAAUACAUAUCAAUCAUUUGAAAUUCAUGAAUUAUUUAUGCCAUUUCACCCUUUUGAAUCGUUCUUGAUGGCAUAACUUAUUUUUAUAAUUGAAAAAUGAUAAGUUGCAUCUGAUGGACAUGUUGAACUCUGAAGUGACUCAUGUAAAUGUUAGUGAAAAUAUUUUAAAAGCCCAUUUCUUUUGGAAACCUGAAAUUCAAUAGCUUUAACAAUAAAUUCUCCUAAAAAAAGUCUUGUCAAUGUAGAAACCCAUGGCAAACGUCAAAAAGUAUACAUGAUAUUUUGUCUCCCACAAGUAUUCCCAUUUAGUGACCAAAAAGAUGGAAGUGGCAAUUUAGACGCAGGUUUCCUAUUCAAAUGAAGCAUAUUUUUCCAUAGAAGAAUAAGUACAGGAAUUCAAUGUCGUUCUAUUAUUUCUGUGGUGAGGGAGAAAGUGUGUCCUUUGUCCUAGGUUAACCACACUGUUUAUAAUGAUUACCAUGUGUUCUAAAGGGGUCAUGUAGUAUGGCUAAGAGGCUGUGGUCUCCUUACCCUUCUGCCUAAAGGAAAAUAUGAAACUGAUGGAUGCAUGUGUGUUGGUGAGCUCAUUGUUUGGUGAAUUGGGAGGUUAGUGGCCACAUAUUCAUUUUUUAACUAUAUAAAAAAGUUUCAUGCACAUUAGGCAAAUCAUUGAGCUUUUUUAGCUCGAAAUAAAUUAAAAAGCUUGCCUGUUUCUAAUCCCUCCGAAGACGAUCACGUGCAUCUUGUAAAGAUGAAUGUCUGGUAAGGAAAAUCAAAGCAGAUAAUAAGAUGGUAAUAAUAAGAUGUAUGUAGGGAUUAUUUGAAGAAGGAUUGUGAUGGUGCACGGUGUUUUAUCUUAGGGAUGUUAAAUCAGAUGAUGUUUUCAGAAUGGAACUUGGAUCAUAUUGGUAUGACGGUUAUUGGUACUUCUUGGUCUCCUGCCUACUUUCUCAUCUAUGGUCGUACAUUUCGAGUUUAAACCGAAAAUUUCUGCGUUGCCCACUUUUAUCAGAGCAGAUGGAUUUGCAGACUUGUCUCUAACUUUUAUGCACGUCAUCUAUUUAGCUAGACCUAAAAAUACAGGACUAAGCCAUUGUUGAUGAAUAGUCCUGAAAUAAAGAGAAUACUUUUUGACUAAUCAGCAUAGCAUAGUCUUUGGGAACCCCAAUUUGGUUCUUCCCUCAAUAUUAAAUUGGUUUUGCUGAUGUGAGAAGUUGUGUGCUUUGCAUUUUAUUUCAUGGAUUUGAGAUUCACUGCUCCAGAUCAAUUAUAAGCCUUGAAUCUGUCCUAUCAAACCACUAUUCUUGUUGCUAAAAUUGUUCUCUGGCUUCUCAAUUUUUUUCUGAUCAUUCGGGUAUCUGAUCAAUUGUUUUCUGAUCAAUUCUUGGGACAUGGUUUCCAGGUAGCACAUGAAAUCUGAGAAUUUUAGUUUCUUCUGUUAUUGAUUUUACUGACUGACUUAGGGGGUUUUCUCAUUGCUUAGAAAUGUUCUUAGGCUAUGACACGAUGCUCUUUAUUAUUUGAAGAAGCUGGACUCCUUUGUGACUCAUGAAAUUCCAUAUAUAUUCUUUUCAUAUUUCUUCUUGAUAAAGGCUUAGCUUCUCAAUUCUAUCUUAUAUUUGCCCAAAUCUCUUAUGCUAUGGUUCGUUGCUGCUCUUUGGAUUCUCCAUAUGAAAACAGGCGCACUGUUUGUCAGUACCCUGGUCGCAAAGGUGCUGUGCAUGUCUUGAGAGUAUCUAUAGAUGGGAGCAUUCUUAUAUCUUGUGGUACUGAUUGCAUGUGAGUUCCUGGCGAUACACUAGUUGACGUACUACUUCCUUGAAUUCUUUGGAUGCCAAUUUUAUUAUUUAUUUCUUUAUAGAUGUAUAUAUAUAUCAAUAUACACCUUUUUUAUGAUUUUUCAUUGAUAGUCAUUUAAUUUCGCAUGCACAUCUUAGAAUUGCAUAAUUUAAAAUACUUUUCAUUUUCACCAUGGGUUGCAAUUUUCUUUGCAGCGUCAGACAGUGGAGUGUCCCCAUAACAGGAGUUGGAGAGUCUGAGGAUUCAUCCAGAGAUAUCUCAGAAGUGUGUAUAUUCAGUCAUAAUAUACCAUGUAGAUAAUAUCUCAUGUUUUCAUACACACUAAAUCCCAUGUAUUCUUUCAAAUUUUCAGCCAUUGAUAGUUUCUGCGUGGAAGCAUGCCUUCUGAUGAGAUUGGAAGUCUCAUCUUUGCAAUGGCAUCAUGCAAGGCCUGUUAUGAUCUAGUUUUUUCAUGUCAGAAAAAUAAACCUGUGCGUUUCUACGUUAAUUUUUUCAGGGGAGCUGAUCAUCAGUGGAACGGUAAUAUUUUUGCCACAGCUGGUGCUCAGGUUGGUAUAUGGGACCACAACAGGUUUCUAUGCUUAAUUUAUAUUUAAUUGAAACUAAUGACUUAAUCAAAUUUAAUCAGUAAUUGACCCAACAUUGCUUUAUGACUCCAAAUUAUACUCUACAAAAGGUCUGAACCGUUGAACACCUUUGGAUGGGGAAAUGACACUUUUGUUUUAGUUCGGUUUAAUCCUGGAGAACCCAAUUUAUUGGUGACAUCAGCCAGGUAAGGACAUUGUGCUAUUCAUGUAUAUUGUUUCUUUUUUCUAAUAGAUUUUGCCUUCUUGGAAACAGUUGAAUUAGUGUAAAUCUCUUGUCCAUCAUGCGGUGAUAUCAUUUGAGAUACCUGGCUGUAAUGGGCAAGUAAUCAACGCAUUUAUGUUUACGGUAUAGAAAAUAAUUUUAUUGAAGAAAUAACUAGUGCCAGUAAUCUUUAUAAGCCCAUAUUCUAUAUUGAAGCAUGUAUGAAAAAAGUUGACACCAAAGUAGAAGAGCCUAUGAGAACAUGGGACAUAGUUCUGACAAUCGACUAUCAGAACCCGAACAUAGAAAGAUUGAACUGAUUGUUGGUGAGGUGGGGACACCUUUGACUUUAAAUAUGUUUGGAUCUGGCAUUUUUCAGCUAAAAGUGUCCUUCAGAUCUACUUUAUUUGGUGACCCAAUAUAAAAACUAGGUUUAUGAUGGAGUCCCAAUGAAUUCUAGGGCUCCACCGUAGUUUGUGGGGGGGUGGGGGGGGAGGGGAAGAUGGGAUCCACGGGAUAAGGUUAGUCCCAGCUAGGGACGGCGCUGCUCUGCAACGUCGUCGGGGAAGGGAAACUUGGACGGAAAUAGGAGGAGAGGGAAGGUCAGGAAAUCCCUGCAAGGGAAGGUGAGACAGCUAAAGUCACGUACCGGUUUCUGCCUGCCAACCAAUCCUUACUUCUGGUAAUUAUACCAGCUAAAGUCACGCGGGCGGCGGCGCGGGGUGAGCGCGCGGGCUGCAGAAGCCGGCGCGCGGGGCGCGCGCAGCGGUGGCGCUUCGGCGGGAAGGCCGAGCGUCGGCGGCGCUUCGGCGGGAAUGCCGAGCGUCGGCGGCGCUUCGGCGAGAAGGCCGAGCGUCAGCGGCGCUUCGGCAGGAAUGCCGAGCGUCAGCAGCGCUUCAGCGGGAAUGCCGAGCGUCGGCGGUUGGGCGGAGACCCAACCUUCGCUGGAAGGAUCGGCCCUCUCUGGUGGCGCCGGGAAGCGGAGCAGAAGAAGGAGACGAUCCGGCCGACGAUACCAGGGAGGGUUGAGCUCUCCUGGUCUAAGCGGCGCCGGAAACGGCGCGACGGCGGCGGAGCGUCGGGAAACUCCGACGGGGGCCUAUGAGGAGCUUGGGCUGGAUCUAGCUCGUCGGCACGGCUGCAGGGUCUCUCCCGACGUCGGCGGCAGGUAGGCGUUCGUCGGCGAACGGCCAGCGACUGGGCAGAGCGGCGGAGGGCGGGCCCGGCGAGUUUAGGGUGGAGUUCCGAAGGAAGAGGUGGCAGUCGAACUAGGAGUCGAGAGACUCUGGCGGAGUGCUCGGCGACGGCUCGUAGGGAGGCGAAGCAAGCCCCUUUCGUCACGACGGCGUGACGGGGUUCCAGCAGAGGCGGCGGCGGCUGCAGCAGCAACCGCGACCGUUUCGUCCGGUGACGGCGGCGAUCUCACGGGCGGCAAUGAAGAUGUCCGGCGGCGGCAGUGGUCUCAGGCUGCGGCGGGACUUCUCUGGCAGCAGCGUCACGAUGAACGAAGUCCUCAGGGUAUCGACGGCCUUACUCUCCCUCCUUCUGAUGGCGAGCGGGACUCGUCUCCAUCAGUUCAGGAGACACCGGCAGUCCGAGUUCAGCCCGAUCGACGCGCGAAGACGAAGGAGCCUGGCUUUCGCUACACGGCCUAGCCCUUCGGGACGACGACAUUUCACCUCCGCGACGACGACGAGCUCGAGCUCACCCUUAUCUUUCUUUGUAUUUUUCACGUUGACUUGUUGGGCCUCGCGUUUAUGUGUUAGCGGGCCCAAUUCUAUGUGUGUGUUGUUGUUUGUGUCUCCUUUUCUUUAGGGUUUUAUUGGGUCUCUCUUUUGAGGCCCAAUUAAAACCCUAGGGGGACCUAGGCUUCUUUCCUUUUCGGGCUUCUUUUGGGGCUUAUUUGGGUCUUCAUUUGAGGCCCACUUAAGCACCUACGAGGGCCCUCCUCUUUCUCCCUUUUAGGGGAGCUUAUUGGGUCUCUCUUUUAGAGGCCCAAUAAGCCCCUUUUGUAGCCUUUUUGUGGCUUAUGGGCUUGAGGGCCUCAAAUGGGCCCACCUCUCCUUAGCCCACUUCUGGGCCCCAUAUAAGGGGAGGUAGGACCCCCCCCUCAAGAGAGCGCCGUAUUUUUGAGAGAGAUUAUCGUUUUGUGAGUACCUUCUUCGUGAUCUAGGAUAGGGAGGGAAGGAGGAAGAGGAAGGCCGUCGAUACCCCCUUCGAGGACUUCGUUCCUCGUGACGCUGCUGCCCGAGAAGUCCCGCCGCCGCCUGAGACCACUGCCGCCGCCGGCCAUCUCAUUGCCGCCCGGGAGUUCGCCGCCGUCACCGGACGAAACGGUCGCGGUUGCCGCUGCAGGCGCCGCCGCCUCUGCUGGAACCCCGUCACGCCGUCGUGACGAAAGGGGCUCGCUUCGCCUCCCUACGAGCCGUCGCCGAGCACUCCGCCGGAGUCUCUCGACUCCUGGUUCGACUGCCGCCUCUUCCUUCGGAACUCCACCCUAAACUCGCCGGGGCCGCCCUCCGCCGCUCCGCCCAAUCGCUGGUCGUUCGCCUACGAACGCCAACCUGCCGCCGACGUCGGGAGAGACCCUGCAGCCGUGCCGACGAGCCAGAACCAGUCCAAGCUCCUCACAGGCCCCCGCCGGAGUUUCCCGACGCUCCGCCGCCGUCGCGCCGUUUCCGGCGCCGCUUAGACCAGGAGAGCUCAACCCUCCCUGGUAUCGUCGGCCGGAUCGUCUCCUUCCUCUGCUCCGCUUCCCGGCGCCACCAGAGAGGGCCGAUCCUUCCAGCGACGGUUGGGUCUCCGCCCAACCGCCGACGCUCGGCAUUCCCGCCGAAGCGCUGCUGACGCUCGGCAUUCCUGCCGAAGCGCCGCUGACGCUCGGCAUUCCCGCCGAAGCGCCGCCGACGCUCGGCAUUCCCGCCGAAGCGCCGCUGACGCUCGGCAUUCCUGCCGAAGCGCCGCAGACGCUCGGCCUUCCCGCCGAAGCGCUACCGCCGCGCGCGCCCCGCGCGCCGGCUCCUGCGGCCCGCGCGCCCACCCGGCGCCACUGCCCGCGUGCCCUAGGGCACGCCGCGCGGCUUGCCGCGCACGCCCGCUAGCGUGCCCUUCGGCCCACCAGCGGGCCCACGCCCACGCCGACAGUGCCACGCCUUACGACGACGACUACUUCGACCUCUCGACCAGGACCGACCGUCGACGCUGAGUAUCGCUCUUCCCCGGACGUCUCUGCCUACAUCGAGUCUCCGCUCCGUCACGACCAGCCGGGUUACACAGCCCCGAAGGUUAGCUCCGUACCCCUUCUUACUUAAGUUUAAUUAUCUUUUGAAGGGUUUUUUCGACUCAUUUCCACUGCCAUCAGGAGAACGUAGAUAGGAUCGGAUGGGUUAUCGGAUCGUGACGUCCGACGUUGCGUCAGACUCAUCACCGUUCGUGAGCUGCAGCCCUAGGCUACUUCACAAUAACAGUUCCACCGUAUGUCUGGGCGUGGACCGAGAGGGCCUCACACUUACCAUCGUCGAGCGUUUCCCCGAGUUGUCUUAGGUUGAUAGUGCAUAUUGGUAUGCUUGCCUAUACUUACGUUACGUGAUCAGAUUUAGAGUCUAAGAUCUAUACAUUCUUAUCGGAUCGGUCCGACUGCCCCUUCUAGGGUCUUGAGUUUCAUUGAUCAAGAAUAAGGGUUCUUGCCUUGUCCUGCAUCACCUUCCCUCCCUAACCUAGGUCACGAAGAAGGUAUCUCACAAAUGAUAAUUUCUCACAAAAUUCGCCUCUCCUAUGAGGAGGGGUCUUACCUCCCCUUAUAUGGGGCCCACAAGUGGGCUAAGGGGAGGUGGGCCCACUUGAGGCCCUCAAGCCUAUAAGCCACAAAAAGACUACAAAAGGGACUUAUUGGGCCUCUAAAAGAGAGACCUAAUAAGUUCCCUUAAAAGGAGAAAGAGGAGGGCCUUCGUAUGGUGCUUAAGUGGGCCUCAAAUGAAGACCCAAAUAAGCCUCAAAAGAAACCCAAAAGGAAAGAAGCAUAGGUCCCCCCCUUAGGGUUUUAAUUGGGCCUCAAAAGAAAGACCCAAUAAAACCCUAAAGAAAGGGAGACACAAACAACAACACACACAUAGAAUUGGGCCCGCUAACACACAAACACGAGGCCCAACAAGUCAACGUGAAAAUACAAAGAAAGAUAAAGGUGAGCUUGAGCUCGUCGUCGUCGCGGAGGUGGAAUGUCGUUGUCCCAAAGGGCUAGGCCGUGUAGCGAAAAUAGGCUCCUUCGUCUUUGUGCUUCGAUCGGACUGAACUCGCACUGCUAGUGUCUCCUGAGCUGAUGGAGACGGGUCCCGCUCGCCAUCACAACUUCUCAUUCCACCUCCGAGUUAAUGUCUUCAUCUUGUAAUGGGGAAGCUUUAGAAAUACCCACUUGUCAACUUUAAAUUGUACGUCAUGAUGAUGUUGAUCUGCUUCCUUCUUCAUGUAUGCUUGUGCCCUGGGUGAGUGACUCUUUAGCAGCUGCAAGCUAGUGUCCCCUUUUGUAAGCAUGCGGUCCACCUCAUCCAAAGGGGACACGGCUGACCCUGGUUGGGGGCUCUCUCCUGUACACAGCUUGAAAUGGCGAUGUCUUGAUCUUCUGAUGGAACGACGUGUUAUAACUCAAUUCAGCUCAAUGCAGAUGCUCGCUCCAACUUGUCGGUUUGUCACCUGCAAAGUAAUGUAGAUAGCUCUCCAAGCUCCGGUUGACGACUUCCGUUUGGUCGUCCGUCUCCAAGUGGUAUGCAAAACUCAUCUUGAGUGAGGUCUCUUGGAGUGCAUGUAACUCCCUCAAGAACAUGCUGGUGAGGACGCUCCCUCGAUCGAUGACAAUGGAUAAUGGAAACCCAUAUAAGCAUACAAUAUCCCUAGUGAAGACGGCUGACACGUCUACUACUCCAAAUGGGCGUUUUAAGAGAGAGAAAUGGUUGUACUUACUAAGAUGGUCCACUACCACUAAGAUCGAGUCAAAUUCUUUAGACUUCAGAAGGCACUCGAUGAAGCCAUUGAUAUAUCCUCUCAUAUGCGGUUCAGGAUGGGUAGUGGUUGAAGAUGGCCUACUAGAGAGAGACAGUUGGACUUGAAAUAGAGGCAAGUGGAGCAUUGAUUGAUAUGCAUUUUGAUGUCUCCUUUCAUGCCCCGCCAUUAGAAUUGUUGCGAGAUGCAACAGUAAGUCUUUAGAAAUCCAACGUGCCCCCCUAAGGCUCGAUCAUGAAAUUCUUCAAGCAAUUUUGAGAUGACCGUGGAUGGGCAGGGUAGAGUCAAUCAGUCCUUGAAUCUCAACAAGCCAUUGCGAAGUGUAUGCCUUUGAUCAUCGGAAUCUCCCUCUUUGAUCUCCUCCCUAGUGGGGUUAAGUUCAAAGAACCGGUCGACGCACAUGAGCCACCAAUCGAGAUCACCUCCCAAAAAUACGGGUAGUUCUUCCUUGCGAUGUGGGCAUGCUUUGCACCGAGGUUCGUGAGGGCCCAUGUUGUGCUCGCUGCCCGAAUCUUCUUCAUAGCCACCCUGGUGUUCCUCCCGUUGCGUAUCCCUCAUCGGAUCUCAGGGAAGAGGUCCGGUGUGAUGUAAAGGCGAUUGUCCCUCCGCACCACGACCCCGCCCCCAGUCCAAUGGCUGGACGGUCGUGGAGGCGCGGUGGCUGUGGGGUGCAACGGUCACAGGGGGGGGGGGGGGCGCUCCUGCUCGCAGAGUCGCUGGGCCAGUGUCCGGUCGGGGCAGAGAUGGGCCACGGUCCCGCUGAGGCAAGGCUAGGCCCAAGUCUGCCUUAGGGUUGCUUGUGGUACCCCAUCCCAUGUCGAGACCGGUUUGACUGCCCGCUUCUUGGCAACGGUUAAGCUGGCCGGCAUGCCUCUCCGUUAUAGAGCAGUAUGGGGACACCCAGGAAGACAUCCCAUCAGGUAUGGUGGUAUAGUCCGCUGACGUGGGGCAGUGUGGCAGUGCUAUGUAGGAUGUCCCAUCAGUAAGGGCCAGCACCGACCCCCGGGGCGGCUGUUGAGCAGGCGACGGGGCCAGCGGUGCCUGGACGGGCAGAGGGAGGAGGCCCGAGUAGGAGCAGGGUUGCGACGGUUCCCCGGACUCCGAUGCCUUAGAUCGACGGUGCUCGGAAUGGCAUGUAGUCGAUCUGGACGUCGAUGCACUGGAGGCGCUGGGGGAGCGCGACGAGCGGCUCUUGGAGGAUCCCCUGGAUGCGGCUGGGCGGGCGGCCAUAGUGGCGAGGGAGGCUUGGACGUCGGCGAGCUAGGCGGCAACCGCCUGAACUGCAGCCGAGUUAGUGGCUUGGGCGGCGGCAAUCUGGUCUGCCUUAGCUUGGGCUGUGGUCGCGGCUUGGGCGGCAGUGACUUGGUCGGCCGCCAGGGCCCGUAUCAUGUCUUUGAUCUCGGUGGUGGACUGUUCCAUGAGAGCUGCUUUGGAACGUGUGAUCAUGCAACGGCGGUAGUGGGAGGAUGGCUCUGAGACCAAUUGAUGGAGUCCCAAUGAAUUCCAGGACUCCACCGUAGUCUGAUGGGUUUCUCACAAAAGAGAGAGAGACAGACAGAAAUAGCGAAUGAGGAGGGGAAGACGGGUUUCACAGGAUAAGGGUAUUGCAAGCUAGGGACGGCGCUGCUUUGCAAUGUCGUCGGGGAAGGGAAACCUGGAGGGAAACAAGAGAGGGAAGGUCAGGAAAUCCCUUCGAGGGAAGGUGACAGCUAGAGUCACGUACUGGUUUCUGCCUGCCGAUCAAUCCUUACUUUUGUAUACUAGACUGGGAUAAGCCCUCCGUGGGCCUCUCGUUGUUGGGCUGACAUCCAUACUUAUUGGGCCGGCGCCUGACAUACCACACCUUUGGUAUGUCAUCAGUUUAGUGGUGAAUUGAUCCUCUGGUCAACUGUGGUUCGAGUUAUAGUUCGGACUGAGGAUCAUUUGGUUUCUCAAGGUGCUAGUUGAUGCAUGGUGGCAGUAGAGUGACAGACAGCAGCCACCAACGAUGAAGAGGAAGUGUAAACAAGAGGAAAGAGGAUCAUCACCCCUCAUCUUCCUCUUGAAGGCUUUGUGAGAAAGAAUCUAGAAGCCUAGGAUAUGUAUCAAUUUUCCAUCUAUUAUGGUUUAUAGUAAUACAUUAUUUUUUAUUAUUAAUACGCUUAUCAUUCCAUAAAUGCUUAUGAUUAUCUAGAGGACUCAUGUCAUUCUUCAUGGUUCUCUGUGUGAAAUCCACUUACAUUGGAGAUAAGCUGAUAGUGGAAUCAUUUACCAUGGCUAGUGCUUGGUUGUAAGAGGUAAAAACAAUUUCAGCUAUCAAACAUUCUUUGGUUCCCACAUCAUUCUUGUGAACUUGUGGAUUUUGGUGGUUCAUCAAUGGUUGGUUCUAAUGAACCCCGUAAUGUAGAGUUACUUUCUAGAACCUCAUCUUUUUUGGGUCCAAUUAGCCCUCAAGGAAAAUAGUGAAUGAAGCCAUUGUACAGUACAAUAGUGUGAAUUAGGAAUUUAUGGUGAAAUGUAUGACAUGACUUAGUCAUUGUAUAUUAAAUCACGGAAAUCUAAAAUUUAUAAAACUAGAAAAUAUAAAUUUUCGGAUAUUUAGAAGUAUUUCUGAACAAAUAUAUCAAUUAUAAUUCAAUCAAACUUCUAAAAAAUAGCGGUAAUUUCCAGGUCAAGCACAGGGAUGUAAUAUAAUAUCUGGUAAUUAUUCAGAAUUUUCCUCAAAUAAUACUAUUUUAUAUGAAUUUUAUACUAAGAAAUGAAAAGAAAAUAUAUUUAAAAUUCACGAAAAAAGAAAAUAAGGGUGCGAACGUCAGGAUGACGUCAGCGCCCGACGAACGUGAAUCGGGUGAAAACAGAGUUCCGUCCGGUGAUUCUUACGUAAGCGAUUACAGAUGAUUUAAUUGAUCAAAUUAAGAUCUGUAAAAGCCGGAAGAAUCGUAAGUAAACGAAGUAUAUUUUGGUAAAUUAAAAUCACACAAAUUAUCACUAAAUGAAGCGUAAAGUAAGUUUAAAGCAGGAAAAUAGAGUUCUGGCGUCGCGGCAGUGAUGUGUCGGCAAUGCACCGGAAUCCUAAGCGUUCAGGAGAAUAGUCGUACAGUGUCCAUAGCCUCGAAGGCUCUCCUUGGACAAAGACGAUGUGGGCAAUCUCUAGAUCUCUUUGCGAAGUCUAGAGAUCAAUGAAAUGGGUCGUCGAAUUAUCUCAGGUGGCUAUCACCUAGCGGAGCGGAAAAACGACGACUUUGUGGCUCUCUAGCGGCUGUCACCCGACGGAGAGGAGCUAGAAGGAGGUGGGGCGCGUGUCAGGUAGCUUCAUCCUCAAGUCCACACAGCAAGAGGAGGCUCUUCACCGCAUCUGGUACGCUCUCAGGAGGUGGCAACUCGUCUCCUGACGGAUCAUCCUCUCCCCGACGACAGCUUGUUCGUCGAUCAAUCGGAGAUGCUUUACUCGAUGGAUUCGCGAUCUUUUUAUCGUGAAUCAUUCAGCAAUUUUAGUAAUAAUGCUCCGCGAAUCGCGUUGACGAGAUUUUUGCUGAUGAUCCAGCGAUUCUAGUUGCUUAAUCCUUCACUGGCGAUUUGCAGGAAAGUCGCGAUAAUCAGAUAAAAAUAUGAAUUUUGGCUCUAGGAGGAUUCGAACCUGCGCCGGUUGCCCCCCCCGCCUCUUCUAAGAAAGGUAACGCGUUUAGUCCCACAUCGGUUGUGCGCCAAAUUUUCGGGCGAAUAUGUAGUAAUGUUAGAUUUGUAAGUAAAGUCCCUUUCUUGCGCGUGUACGACCACUCCUUGCCCCACAGCCGGCUAGCCACCAGUGACAUGGAAGGGGAGUGGCGCACACGUGCCCUAUCGAUCCAAGCCACUCGAGCCCUUGCUCGCGGCUCCUCCCCGACUAUGCUUCCAACUUGCUUGCAAGCCCAGCUGGCCGGCGGGUCCCCUCAUUUUGCUAUAUUUUUAUUUUUAUUUCUUUUCCUUCAUUUAUCUCAAAAGUAAGACUGUAAAAAUUGUAUAAAAUCACAUAAUUACCCAAAAAAUUAUGUUAAUCAACUGAAAACCACUUUUCACACUUUAACACAAAUAUAAGUCUAUUUAUCAUGAGUUAAGGCUAAAACUAUAUUAUUUACUAAUUAUUAACUCAUGAUAAUGAAGACUUAUCAAUGCACAACUUGGAGUUUUUACUGAUUGUGGCCUCUCUCCUUCACUUUUUGAAAGAUUAUUGUGAGCAGGUGGAGCUAAUCAAAUGUCUUCAUUCAUAAAACCAUGUGACUAAUCUCAAUCACCAUCAAUAGUGAAGAUUCAUUUUUAAAGAACUUAAAAUAAUUUAAUAAGUGAUGUGCACUUGUCAUUGUGUUUAAAUAUUUAUUAUUCUAAUAAUAUUUAUAAUUAAGACUUAAUAAGAUAUUAGUAUAGAUAUAAGUCUCAAGUCGAACAUAAAGAGAUUGAUUAAUCUUUCAUAAAAAUUUAAUUUAAUUUACAUUGAGAGUGAUUUAAAUAUUUCAUCACUAACUAAUAGAAAGAAUAAAAUAGAAAUGUGAGGUGAGAAGAAUAAAGAAAGUGGAGAAGGAAAGGAGAGGAAGAGAGAGAGAAGAGAGAGUUCUUACAAAAUAGAGAGAAGAGAUCUCUCAUGAAAGAGAGAGAAAGAGAUCUUACGAAAGAGAGGGAGAGAGUGAGAGAGGGAGAUCAAUCAACAGAUAAAGAAAGAAAGGGAGAUUGAUCAAGACAAAGGAAGAGAAAUCUCAUAAGAGACAGAGAAAAGAAGAGAUCUCAUGAGAGAGAGGGAGAGAGAGAAAUAAAAAGAUGAUAAAGAGAGAGAAAAACAUAGUCAACAUAUUUUUACAAUGACCAUGAUUUUUAGAUGAAUGUGUGCUCGAAAAUUCACACACAUGAGAUAGGGUCAGGCGUGAAUGUCUCCACCUUGUUUUAACACUUCAACACUCAUUAAUCAGCCUUUAAUCUCAUUGAUUUCACCUUCAAAAAUAAAAAUAUACUCAUAGUUCAUAGAACACUGAGAACAUGAAUACUUCAAGAUUCAAUUGUGAAAAUCAAUAGAAAAUAAGUUAGAUAUGAUCUUAGCUUGAUCUCAUACAAGUUUUAGAGGAUUCAGAAAAAGAACAAAAAUCAUUCAUUAGGAUUUGAAUUAAUUCUACUCAUUUCAAUCGAAAUAUGUAGAAAACAAAAAUAACUUGCCUUAAAAUGUAAAUAAAUGUUCAAAGCACAUAAAUAAAUACUAAAAAUAGGAAAAAAAUAAUUGUCUAAGUUUAGUCUAACUCCUGGGUAAUUCGAGACACUAGUGUGGCAGCUUGAUUUUGUCCGAGCAUGCCACACCACAUUGGAAGUUGCAAAAAUAUUGUCUAAAAAUGUUACGUUACUUGCUAGAGAGAUUUGCCAAAAAGAGAGGUCAACCACUUUGUCACUAUCAUCUAAGAGGAGAAGGAAAGAGCUGACCACUCAUUAGAAGCUUUGAGUGCAGUCGAAGAAGGAAAGAAUGAGAUUGUCGAUUGUUGGUGAUUUUGAUCGGGCAAAAAGGGAAAAGAACAGAUGUCGUAAUCGUGACUACAAUCAGGAUUUUAAAGAUAAUCAAUAAUAUCUAUUUUACUAAAUAAUAAUUAAUUAUUGUCUUUAUCUCCCUAAUGGUGAUACAUACGAGAACUUAAGUUCUCAAUAUUGUGGCACUUCGCUUGCCACUAGAUUAGGUGUGCUCAGUCACAUGGCAUGUUGAGUGUCACAAGAUUCAUAAACCAUUAACAGAAUGCUUCGCAUUUCAGGUAUCGUGGCAGUUCACCUAUUGCGGGAUCUAUCUUGUCUAGUAACGUGGCUUGCUAAGUGCUGAUAGAUCACACCAUGCUCUAAAUCGUUGCCUUGAAACAAAUGAAUUUUUUUCCCACAUCAGAAUUUUUUCAAUGAUUAAGCUCAAUAUAUAUCAAAGUUACAUUCUGUGUGCAGAGAUCCUUACUCCCGAAUAAAAUAAUAUCUAAAUCCAUCUUGGGAGAAGAUAAUAGAUGGUCCACCCUUGCCUGCACACAUGUGUAUGACGCUCUUUGCUCCACAACUAGAUGGCCCCGGGGAUGCAUCAAGAGAAUGAUGCACACAUGUGUAAAGUGAGUACUUAGCCACUCAAGCCUAGCUCGUGGCUCCCCUGAUCUAGGUCCACCCACUCAAACAUACUGCCCCUUCGGGUCAACUGUCGAGUGCCAACUUGUCAAUAGGCAGCAGUAUUUUUUUUAUUUUAUCUUAUAUUUUUAAAAAAAAUUACAUUAAGUCCUUUGACUUCAGACUUUCAAAACUAACAAUAUAUUGUUAUAUUUAUUCUACAAGUUAACACACAAAAAUAAAAUAAUAAAACUAUUAAACAUCAAAAUUUUAGCUUUAAUAAUAAGAUAUAGAUAUCAUAUGAAUAUCUUACACAAUUCUCUUAGUAUGUUUUCUUGAGAAUAACUAAACUAGAAAACAGCACCAUACGACUAUAACUCAAAUAGUACAUGCAAAUGGGGCCCCAGGUGUCUCUCCAAAUUUAAGAAUCCUAGUGGAGGGUGAGGUCGAAAGCACAAACUAGGCUGAGUUUCAUCAUAAGAAAGAUGAGUUUUCAAUAGAUUCUCUCUUUGAUGUAGUACCUUUAUUGGUUCCAAAGAAAGUCCCAUGGCCCCAUUGGGAGGAGAAUCUAUUCAGCUGCCAGCUAAGCACAAUCUACUUUAUUUUUCCUCAAUGGGAUACAUUUAGAUUCUUAUGGUGCUUGUAGCCCUCUUGCCCAUAUAUUUUUUCUUGCAAUUUGUUUCUCUGAGUUCUGACUUUUUGGAACAUGAUAGGAUGGGCUUUCAAAGAAAAUUAUCCUAUCUAACUUUUUGAGGAAUUCAAUGAGCAGAUUAUUUCUUCUUGAAUCCCCUUGUUUUGACAUUGUACUCCUAUUGUUUUAUUUAAUUUCAUAUUUUUUGAAAUUCAUUAGUUUCAUAAGUAGGAAACUAAGCUCACUCUGGUAUUCUAAUGAGAUAUCUGUGAGCGCCAUGAUUACAACGUACUUGAACUUGAUUACAAUGCUUCUGAUUUAUAAUGGUUAGCCUGGCAGUCCACCAGAAUGUAACACCAUGUAUUUGCAGUGACCGGAGCAUAGUAACUUAUGAUUUGCGCAUGUCUUCACCAGUUAGAAAACUUAUUAUGAAGGUGAAGAAAUUGGUUCCUGAUCAUUUGUAUGUCACCAGAAUAUAACGCCGUGUAUCUGGUUCAAGCUAUUGCAUCAGAAAAAUGAUUCUUUCAAAUCAUGUUUAAGAUGAUAUCAACUCUUGAAAUAGAGUAGUCAAAAUUCCAUAGUAGAUCUUAUUAUAUUUAACAGCAAAGCAAAGCACCAUUUGUAGCUUGACAGACAGAAGAUAACGACACAAAAGAAAAAGAAACAAGAUUUAUGCUCACAUCCUUUAUUAUAUCCAUGAGCUCUCAUAUAAUUUUAUUGCAUCACAGCGAUUGCUCGAGUUAUCUCCCUGACCUAGGUCCAUGGGAAAUAUGGUUUGUUCCUUCGCACAUCCUCCAAAUAAUCUACUUGACUAUUUGCUGGUGUGAAGUUCCAUACCUGUAAAUAGAUUGAUCAAAUCAGCCGUGUACAAAGAUAUCUUUCGUUCUAUCAUUUCUGAGAAAGUCGAUACACUCGGUGGAUGUGUAAAAGAUAUUCUUUUUUUUCCAUCACUUGGACAUGUAUAAAAAGAAUAUUGUGCUGAUCACACAAUUUUGACCGUUAUUUUUGAAAAAAGAUCGUACUUCGUGAUCAAAAAGGGAAAAAGAGAAUAUGUGCGAUUGUGAAAAGCUUGAGCUGCGCAGAAAGAAACCUUUCUACAUUGAUAUGGUCUUACACCAGCAGGGGAUUAAGCAGAACGUGAUGAAAAUAAAAACUAUCAGCCCAAAAACCCUAAAAAAGUAGAAUUUCCUCCUCCGAAACAAAACCUCUCCAACACACUAAACUUCUCAGUGCCCCACAGAAAUCACCUCUGACAUCACUGCCACCUUGUGGCCUCUUAGCUCCUGUUUAGGAGACAAGAACUUUCAACUGGAUUUGGCUUAGUUGGAAUCAUCAUUGUACAAGAAUCAGGAUCCAUGGUUUACCCCUAAACCUAGCGCCACCUUCAGCUUGUUUUUUUGAGAACUUUUAUUUUUUAAUUUCUAGUGAUUAUCAAUAUUAAUUGUAUUUCCUCUAUUAAGAAAAAAAAAAUGCAAGAGGACAAGAUAAAGACACUAUGUAGCUAUGAUGUCUUAGUGUUGGGUAGAUUUCUGAGUGUCUUUACGAAGUAAAAUAACGUUCACUUUUGUACUUGGAAUCAAUUAAUAAGAAGAUCAUGAUUGGAUCAUGCCAUUCUUCUCCUGUCAUGCUCCGAAUGUAUGCAUUACUUUGCACAUUUAUUGGAUGUGUAUAAUAAUAACUUCACUAAUAAACUUCACGUAGAAAUUUUAAUGAGGGAAAAGAGGGGAAUCAAAGGAAAAUAGUUCAAUGUUCUUCUGCUAAAUUUUUCCUAUUAAAUUUAGGCAAAUGAAGAUUGCAAUUGCUAUAGCUAUGAUGCAAGGAAACUGGAUGAAGCCAAGUGUGUACAUCAGGAGCACGUAUCUGUGGUGUGAGUGAUCUGAACUGUUCCUCUUUCUGGAAACCUUUCUUUUGUAGAGAACUGAAAGUUUCAUCAGAAUUUUCACUUUCAGGAUGGACAUUGAUUAUUCUCCGACUGGCCGGGAAUUCGUAACCGGUUCUUAUGGUAGAACUGUGAGUAGUUGUGAUUAGGAACGUAAUUGGAUUUUUUUUCUUGUGUGGCGAUAGUUGAGCAUGAUAGAGAGCAUUCUUCUAGAGCAUUUGUUCAUCAACUUCAUUCAUCAAAAUAAAAUAUUUUCAGGUGAGAAUCUUCCAAUAUAAUGGAGGUCGCAACAGGGAAAUUUACCACACCAAAAGAAUGCAAAGGUCCGUAUCAUAUACAAUCAUAAACUUUUCGUCUCCUUCUCAGCAUGGACUUACCCUUGUGAAAUAUUUUGGACUGAUUUCGUAUGCAAUACUGCCCAUGGUCCGAAUGAUCUGAUUUCUUCAUGUCUUUCCCAUUUCUGUCUGGAGUUCUUAUUAUCAGUGUAUGAUUACAAAACACUUUGCCUUCAUCCAACUACUUGACCGGGUUACAAAACACUUUUUACGUGCGGGGUAUUUUGUGUCAAAUACAGCUGUGAUGGGACAUAUCUUAUUUCCGGGAGUGAUGAUACCAAUCUUCGGUUGUGGAAAACUAAAGCUUCAGAGCAACCAGGAGUUGUAAGCAUCUCCUCUAAUUAUUCGUUCAUUUUCUCAGUGGGAAUUAGACCAACAUAAUAGUUCCCACGCUUGAUUGUGUAGAAAAAAAACAUAUGACGAGGACUUAAUAAUGUAGAAUUCAAAAGUGACCUACUGACGGAUCAGUUUCUUUUGUGUUUUUAAUUUCGAAAGUGUAUGGAGGUCUCGCAGUGAUUUCUGUCAAUGUUCUUCAGAUUUAAAUGGAAAAAUCUGUCCCCGUUACGUGAGUGGCCUUUGGCAGAUGAACAUAUUCAUUUACACUGCAGGGAAUAGUCUGUGCUUUUUAAAUACGUGGGGACUGACGGAUGCCGUUUUUCAGUUAACCAACCUACGAAUCUGGCUAUGGAAUCAAUAAAUUUCAUUUUUAUUUGAACGUCCCUUUGUAUUUAGCUAGAUCUCUAUUUGACCAAUCGCAUUUAUUUUAAUUCUCCAAUCUCAGAUUUUUAUUCUUCUCAGAAAUAGGACUGAGAACGAAAUUCCCAUUUCCUGGGAAAAUGAUUACAGGUCCCUGUUCCUAUGAUGAGUCUAAUAAUUUCAUCUUCUUUUCCCUCCAAAGUUGCCUCCUCUCUUCUAUUUGGAUCUUCAUUGUCUGAAUAAUUAUUCCAUUCUCUUUGAUAAUAUUUACAAAAGUACAAUAUUUUAUUAAAUUAAGAGUAUAUUUUUGGCAGUCUAUUGAUUAUGGGAGGAAAGGUUUCAUUGUCUUACCAAUCAUCCCUGUCGUAGUAGAUUCAUCUUAUUUAUGUUGUUGGAUGGCAUGAACCAUUUAGGCUUUUGUCGUGCAGGUUCUCCCAAGGGAACGCAAGAAGCAGGAGUGUCUUGAAGCGGUCGUCGAUCGGUACAAUCACCUUCCAGAAGUGAAUCGCAUUGUUAGGUGAGCUCUCUUCUAUAAUUAAGCACACAUCUACCAUAUAUUCAAAGGAAAAAAAUGGAGAGUGAGAUUAGAAAAUGCCGGAAUAAUGAGAGUAAAAUAAGGAUCAAAGUCUCUGUUAACCUCCAGAGACUUUGAUGGGCUACUACAUGUUUUUUUAAAUAGCUUUUCAUGUUUCAUGGGAAUUCCUGUCCAUUUUUAUUUUUUUUCUUGAAAACCUUAAGAGCAUUGGAUGAAUGGCAUGUUUCUGCACAUACUUUCACAUUUCAUGAUUUCUUUUACCAGAAACAAUUGACGAAUGAUAUGCUUGAAGAUGAGGCUGAAAUCAGUCAAGAGAUUUACUUUUGAUAAAAAAAUUAUGAGCUACUGCAUUUUACUGUAAUCAUAAUUCUAGCUAGCAUACUAAUGAUGUUCUCGUAAGCGUUGUGAAUGAGCUCGGCCCUUGUCUCAACCAGUGGCACACCCCCUGCUUUUUCUCACACAUUACACAGACUUGGUUGCCCAGAUAAUCUAGAACCACAUCCCCCCUUAUCAUUAUGAACAUAUAUGAACAUGAGAGAGGUUGUAAGACAGCCAAUGUGAGAAGAGAGAGCGGGCUCACUCCAGACCCACAAACAAGAUUGGAGAUAGUCCACUUAUUUCCUUUUCAGGCAGUAUUUUGACGCCCCAGCUUGGGAAAACUGGGUUGAAUCGUAAUACUCUUAUUAGUCUUCUUGCAUUUGCUUAAGCUUAUAAAUAUUUUGUUCUUGCUAGAAUAGGUUAUUGACUGCCUUAAUCGAAGAACAGUUAAGAUCGCUGGAGGACUUUCCAUCUUGUUAAUACCUUGCUACAGGCAUAGGCAUCUGCCCAAACCGAUAUACAAGGCUGCGAAUCUGAGGCGCACAAUGAUCGAGGCAGACAGGACCAAAGAGAAGAGGAGGAAGGCCCACAGUGCCCCCAGGCUGAGCAUCUCUGCCCAGCCAUACCGCAAGAGAAGGAUCAUCAGAGAAGUAGAAUGA